UCAACUCUCGACUACCUCUCGAGAGGUAUUACCAAACACACCACAACGCAACAACACAAUACAACAACAAUGUCUUAUAAACAAAAGAGUAAUAAUAAGCCAUGGUUCAGUGCACUCAAGAAGGAGAGAGAUCUCUCACAUCACAAAGAUCAUCACACCGUCUCCUUCGACGUCAUCAAAGUCAACAGUUAUGGAAAGAGACAACAGAGGACAAUAGCAGUUAGCUCACAGGGCGUAUCGAAUUUGAAUGGACAGACAUGUCAAUGGUUCGUUCAGAACUCUGAUGUGUAUAGUAUACAUCAGGAGAGUGAUACACAGAAGUUCACUCUGACAUUCUUGCACAAGUAUCACUUUGAAGCUGAUAGCGCUGAACAGGCGAAACAGAUAGUGGCCGAUUUCAAACGAUUGGGCGUUGGAAACAAGAAGAAGUCCAAGAAGAAGAAGCUGACCAUUGAGGACUUUGACCUGAUGAAGGUGCUGGGCGUGGGCAGCUUUGGUCGCGUGUUCCUCGUCAAGAAGAAGGACACUGGUCAACUGUACGCCAUGAAGGUGCUCAACAAGAGAGACAUUCUCAAGAAGAAGCAGCUGGCACACACCAACACAGAGAAGAUGGUGCUCAGUACCAUGGACCAUCCAUUCAUUGUACGACUACACUUUGCCUUCCAGAACGAUGAGUACCUCUUCAUGUGCAUGGACUACAUCCCAGGAGGAGAGCUCUUCCAACAUUUGCAAAAGGCCGGUAGAUUCCCAGAGGAAUUGGCCAAGUUCUACAUUGCAGAGGUGAUUACAUCACUCAACUACCUACAUUCAAAUAAUAUCAUCUAUAGAGACAUCAAGCCAGAGAACAUUCUACUGGGUGCUGAUGGACACAUCAAGUUAACAGACUUUGGUCUGUCCAAGAGUGGCAUCACCAGUGUCGUUGGCGGUAAGAACGCUGAUGGCCAAUUCGCCACCACAUUCUGUGGCACACCAGAGUACUUGGCACCAGAGAUCAUCACAGGCGCUGGACAUGGCAAGGCUGCUGAUUGGUGGUCAGUUGGUAUACUUUUGUUUGAGAUGCUCACUGGACGCUCUCCAUUCUUGGCAUCGAAUCGUAAUGAUAUGUACAAGGCAAUGAUACAGGGUAACCUGCGUCUACCUAUGUUCUUGUCAAGUGAGGCACAAGACCUACUUGAGAAGUUACUCGUACCCGACCCCAAGAACAGACUUGGUACCGGUGGUGUCGCCGACAUCCAGAACCACGCCUUCUUUGACCUUAUCCCAUGGCGUCUACUAGAGUCCAAGAUGAUCACGCCACCAUUCAAGCCAACCAUCUCUGUAAGACAACUUCACAUAACCAUCAAGGAAUCCAUCAACAUUCAUACUUACACUCGUCAAUCAAUCAAGGAAAUCGUUGCAUCCAAGGAUGAUCCAGACUUAAAUCCAGCAAUUACAUUCAAGAAGCAGAAGAGGAAGUCGUCGACGUCUGGCAUUGAUGCACAUUUCAAGGGCUUCUCUUGGAAUAAGGAUGACUCCUUCUUGGAUGAGAGGGAGUCGGUGUCAUCGACAUCUUCAUCACCGGGCUCUUCAAACGAUCCUUCACCACUCUUGCUUGCAGUCGAUCGUCAACUUACACUCAAGAACAUGAGGAAGAGCAGU